GCGGGCCGAGCUGCGCGGCCGCAGGUGCAGACGCCGCCCAGCCGGCCUCCGGGGGUGGGCCGGGAGCGGCCCCCGCCUAAGGCCCGAAACGCGCGGCCCCGGAGCCGCUCGCCGCCCCGCCUCUGCGUCCCAGUGCGAGGAGAGCUCCGGGCUGGCUUGGAGGCGCUGCGGGGAACAGCAAAUCAAUUCAACUUGACUGCAUGUGAGACUUCGAAGUAUUCAACAGUGCUUUGAACUUUGGAGAUGGACUGUUUUUCCUUCUCUCUUGUAUGAAAUUGAAGAAGAAAUAAAACAGCAGAGGUUUAAAGUUCAUAUCCAGGAUGAAUGAUGAUAAUUCAGAUGACAAGACAGGAGGUGAACUACAACCCUUAUUUCUCAGUGAUAAAAGUGGAAAUACACAUGUAUAUGACCAACAGUUACCCUCUACGCAACAAUCAUCAACCAACACUGUGAGCUGGAAUUCUGCCAGCCCGGAUGACAUGCUGGUGGAGUUUGAAACCAGCCCUGCUGUGGACAGUGGUGAAAAUAUUUCUUACAACCAUCAGUGUGUUGAAAUACUUGAUCACCAAAAGUCUUCAAGUGAUUUCAUUAGGAAUCGGGUGUUACAUAUGCAUGAAGUUUCCGCAUGCCAGUCUUCCAUCCUUGGGAAUACAGAGGAGCCCAACUACCCACACAACGGCUGUGAUCCCCUAGAAGCAGUUCAGGAACAGUGUGUUGAGCCAUCUCUACCUUUUGUGUGGAAAUCUAACAGUGGUUUGAGCUGUACAGACUACCCUACUGACUUGGAGCUAAACCAAACAUUUGACUCAAGAGUGGAGAAAGUUAACUGCACCUUUGUAUCUCAUCAUGCCAUUGAAAAUCAUCAGUCUUUGCUCACCACUGGAAGUCUGCAACCUACCAGAAUGAGAAUUGGAAAUACAUCUUCUUUAUCCUCUUCCACUUGGACAUCUUCCCAAUCUGACAGGCUGCGUGUGAGAGAAACUAGUUAUGAAAAAGAGGUCUUUGAAAACCCUGAAGCCACCCCAUCAGAGACCCAAGAUAAAACUCACACAGCAUUCUCUGAUGUGAUGAUGCAAACUGAGGUUGUGGUUCCAGAUUUUGGAAAUCAGUGUCAGUAUUCUUCAGGAAAGGUCACCAGUGAGUACACAGAUGGAUCACAGCAAAAACUAGUUGGAGAAAAAGAGAUACAAGCUCUAACACCAGUUUCUGAUGGUGUGGAAGUCCCCAGUAGAUCUGCAUUACAAGAGGUCUUUUGUUUGUCUAAAGAUGAACCAAAUAGUGAGACACAUUCACAGAGCUCAUGUGGGCCAAAGGAAAUGGGCCAAAAUCUAAGAGAAACAGUGUCUAAUUGUCUUAUUGAUUAUGAAUGCCCUUUAUUGGUGCCAACUUUUGAUAAAAGUAAAGCCCAAGUGUUGAACUCUCAGCAUGAAGUCACUGUGAUUGAGGAUACACAAAGUGCCUCUAAUGAAAAGGAUUUGAGACCCCUAAAUCAGACCACAGAAUUGAUACUAAGUAGCCCACCAGGACAGAAGGUGAUUUCAUCACUGGAAUUGACUUGGGAUGCAAAUGAUAUUGUCUUUAACACAGAUAACUGUGUUUGCAUGUCAACACCAAUUCUAGAACACACAAAUGCAAAAUUUUCCAUUCCUCCUGUUGGAGCAACAGAGAAAUGUAAUACAGUGGGAAAGAAUAACCGAGAGUUUACAAAUUUACCAGACUUGAAGGGGACACCCAUCAAUAUGCCUAAAUCUAGUCCAGGAAAAUCAACAGCCAAAACAAAUACACCUAUAGGCAGCAAAGUUAGAAGAACUGAAAUUAUAAGCUACCCAAGACCAAACUUCAAGAACGUCAAAGCCAAAGUUAUGUCUAGACCAGUGUUGCAGUCCAAAGAUGCUGCUUUAUCAAGGGUCACACCCAAACCUCAGUUGACCAAUGGCUCAUCACCCUCAUCCGUGUCUUCCACAAGACAGUUGACAGUUCUGAGCAAAACUCCAAGACCUGACUUAAAUGCAGACACAAAAGCAGAAAUCCUAACUAACAAGAUGCAUAAGCAGCAAUUUAAUAAACUCAUUACUAGCCAGGCUGUGCAUGUUACAACUCAUUCUAAAAAUGCUUCGCACAAGGUUCCAAGAACAACAUCUGCUGUGAAAUCGAAUCAGGAAGAUGUUGACAAAGCAAGUUCUUCUAACCCAGCGUGUGAGACUGGGUCCGUGGCUGCAUUUUUGCAGAAGAUCAAAGGCAUACUGCCUGUUAAAAUGGAAAGUGCGGAAUGUUCGGAAAUGACGUGUGUCUCCAGUGUCGAUAGGAUUAGCCCUGAAAAGAAGGGUGAAAAAGAAAAUGAGGCACCUGUGGAAAAACAAGAGCUAAAAAAGGAAAUCCUCAAUGAGACUUUUGAAUAUGGUUCUCUGUUUUUGGGUUCUGCUUCAAAGUCUACGACCCCCUCGGGGAGGAACAUAUCCAAGCCGGACUCCUGCAGUUGGAGGAAAACACCUGGCCCCAAAGCCAAAGGGGGGCCUUCUGGUUCCUGCCUGCGGCGGAACAGCGAGGGCCGGAGCCUGGGCUCCGAGCGGGCCUUGUCCCCGCAGAGGAUCCGGCGGGUGUCCAGUUCCGGAAAACCUGCAUCCUUGAAAACGGCACAGCCCUCUUGGAUGAACUUGCCUAGACCACUCCCCAAAUCCAAAGCCUCUUUGAAGAGCUCGGUGCUGCGGAAGGCAGGAAGCACCCACUCGGUUGCCAGCACCCACAGCGAGCAGAGCACUUACAGCAAUAACUCUGGUAAUGCUGCCGCCAUCAAGUAUGAGGAGAAACCUCCCAAGCCAGCGUUUCAGAAUGGCUCCUCGGGAUCCUUAUAUCUGAAGCCCUUUGUGCCCAGAGCUCAUGUGCAUUUGCUGAAGACUCCCCCAAAAGGUCCUUCAAGGAAAAAUCUAUUUACAGCUUUUAAUGUGGUUGAAAAGGGCAGGCAGAAAAAUUCCAGAAGUUUAUGCAUCCAGACACAGACAUCUCCAGAUGCGCUGUCCACUGAGAGAACGCUUGAGUUGGCGCAAUAUAAAACAAAAUGCGAAAACCAAAGUGGAUUGAUCCUGCAACUCAAGCAGCUCCUUUCCCGAGGCAAUGUCAAGCUUGAAGCCCUGGCAGUUGUGAUCCAGCGCCUCCUUUCCGAGCGGGAGGAAGCCCUGAAACAACACAAAACCCUAUCUCAAGAACUCGUGAACCUCCGGGGAGAGCUCGCCACCGCUUCAACCACUUGUGAGAAAUUAGAAAAAGCCAGGAAUGAGUUACAGAUAGCCUACGAGUCAUUUGUCCAGAAGCUCAACCAGCAGCACCAGACGGAUCGGACAGAACUAGAGAAUCGGCUUAAGGAGUUUUACACCAAGGAGUGCGAAAAGCUUCAGAACAUUUACAUCGAGGAAGCGGAGAAGUACAAAACCCAGCUGCAAGAGCAGUUUGACAACUUAAAUGCUGCACAUGAGACCACUAAGUUGGAAAUUGAAGCAAGCCACUUGGAGAAAGUAGAAUUGCUACAGAAGGCCUAUGAAACCUCCCUUUCAGAAAUCAAGAAAAGCCAUGAAAUGGAAAAGAAAUCGCUGGAGGAUUUACUUAACGAGAAGCAGGAAUCUCUAGAGAAACAAAUCAGUGACCUGAAGAAUGAAAACGAUGCUUUAAAUGAGAAGUUGAAAUCAGAAGAACAAAAACGAAUAGCAAGAGAGAAGGCAAAUUCAAAGAACCCUCAGAUCAUGUAUCUGGAACAAGAGCUCGAAAGCCUGAAAGCCGUGCUGGAGAUCAAGAACGAGAAGUUGCAUCAGCAGGACAUCAAGUUAAUGAAAAUGGAGAAACUGGUGGACAACAACACAGCAUUGGUUGACAAGUUGAAGCGAUUCCAGCAAGAGAAUGAAGAAUUGAAAGCUCGGAUGAACAAGCAUAUGGCAAUUUCCAGGCAACUUUCCACUGAGCAGGCGGUUCUGCAGGAGUCAUUGGAGAAGGAGUCCAAAGUCAACAAGCGGCUCUCCAUGGAGAACGAGGAACUGCUGUGGAAGCUGCAUAAUGGAGACUUGUGUAGCCCUAAAAGGUCCCCCACGUCCUCAGCUAUCCCCUUGCAGUCCCCAAGGAAUUCCGGUUCCUUCUCCAGCCCCAGCGUGUCACCUAGAUGACGCCGUCUGGGAGCGUUUUGACAGAGCUGCAGGACUGACCUGAACAAUGGCCAUGGGAGCAAGAGCUGCAUGAGCUCAUGUGUAAUUACUGCAGGAUACCUGGAAGGCCACCACCACCAGAAUCUGCUCCGUUGGAGACUGGGACUCCGCAGGAAGACUUUAGCCUCCGUCCAAAAGACUGCUCCAGAAAAGAUGGCAGAAUGGACACAGACAUUGUUGCACAAAGCACUUAACAGAACAAGAGAAUCUUGUUCGUUGCCUUUUUCACCUAAGCAUAAGGGGAAAAACUCUCAGGGGCUUCUUAAGAUAAAAGAUUUAUAACCUUUAUAUAAUGUUCUUCGCAGACACCUUCUUGUGAGUUGUACUUUGGUCUGACUGUAGGUGGGGGGGUGUGAAUGAAAUCCAUGUGAGAGUGUCAUGUGUCUGAUGCAGCCGUCUGCUGUAUAGUAAAGGUUGACGGCGGAAUAUCUGCAUAUGUACUAAUCAAAUAAAAGUCAGUGUCCACAUUUCAGCCAAAGCCAUAGCAGAGAAAGCAGUAGCUGCUUCAAUUACGAUUAGUUGUCACCGACAUUGCUCAACUCCUCGACUCGGGGAGGAGAGGGUAUGUUGGGAAAAGCUGGACUUACCAAUGUCUGUACCUUCUCUGCUUCUUUCUGGAGUAACUUGGUGGUUUUUCAAUGUUCAGCCAUGUCUGUUGAAUCUAGCUAGAUUUUUCUGUAGAGUUUUUACUUAUCCAUGUGAACCUAAUAUUAUACGAUGAUCCAUUUUCUCAGGCUUUGAGCAAAUGUAGAACCCUAAUUUUUCUUAAAAAAAAUCUGUAUGAAGAAUAAGGGCAGUACCAAUGCAUUGUUCUGCCUUAUUAUUAUUAUUAUUUUUUCAUCUUGAUCUAAGCUAUCCUUACAGAUUUGGAUUUGGAUUUUUCUUCUCCCAUUAUCCCCACCCCCUGCUUCUUCUCCCUAUUAUCCAGAGCCACAAAAGCAAACCUUCUACCUCCCAUCUGCUUUCUCUGGGACAAGGAUAAAGGAAUGUUUUUCCAGAGCCAGCUCAUUGUCAAGGUGCUGAUACCAUUUUUCAAAUACAUGAAGACCUAAACGUGAUAAUACGCAUUUUGGAACAUCUUCGAGAAGAUAAAAAAUGAAACUAAGAAAGACGGAACUCAGCACUUACCGAUGAAUCGAAGUAGGAGACCAAAACAGUCUGGGAAAAUAUUGAUUUUUCAGGUGCCCUUCAGGAAUCCUCUGUCUUUGGGAUGUGAGAAGAGUAGCAGCCGCCGAGGGGAGUGUGUGGUUUGUACUACUGUCCGUCAAGGUGCAUUUCAGUUUCUUUUCAAAACUUCACUUAUUAACCUCCCCCAGUUCUAAGCCUUUGGGAGAGUUUAAGGACGAACUGUGGCUUUUUUUCUAUGCAUGUGUUAACACUAACAUUAGGAUUUACUAACCUGCACUCCAUGGCUAUCCAAGUAACCCCUUACUAAAAACAGAUUCAGGAUACUACCGGGGAAUAUCAUUUAUAUGUAAGCUAUGUAGAAAAAUAUUCAUAAUGCUUUUUGGUUUUUAAUUAGUGAUUGUGUCUGCCAUCUUUAACCUCUAAUAGUUUCUCACGUAUGUAACCUUUCAUACUUGCUUCUGGGAAAUGAGAAUGUAGAUCUACUGCCCCCUCCUGGAAUAUCUCUGCUCAUGCUUCCUAGUUCUCAAUGACAUUAGCCAAAGUUGGGUUUGCCAUUCAUCCCCUAAACAUGGUAAGUCUAGCACUCUCUUCCAUACCAUGUAGGUGUCUGGGAAGUAAUAUAAAAUGUCUUCAGAGGGUGGGAGAGACGAUAGGAAACAAUAGAGAACUCUAAGAUAUUUUUCAAACCAAAUGGUUCAUGUAGGAUGCAAUAUGUUGGCACGUCAUAAAAAUAUGGAUAUGUAAAGAACUGUAGUUGUGCUCAGUUUGUAGUGAUGGAAAGUGUAUUUUACUUUGAUUAAAUAAAUAAUGCUGGAAUAUUCAAUGAAAGA